GGUUACGAGCGGGAAAAUCACCCACCUUCACGGAUGUUAACGCAGCGGUGGAGUUAUGAGCUAUCUCCUCCGCUGACGCCGCCCUUGCCCUCUCCCAACAUCUUUAAAAUUUAAAGCAUAUCCCUCGAGACUCCACUCUCCAAUCAUCCAAUGGGCAACUGCUCGCGGAAGCCCAAGGUCCGAACUCGCUCUUCUAGACCCCCAGCGGAUCCCUCCCCGCCGGCCGUCCAACUCCACGGAUCGGAAACCUCCCCGAUCGCAUGGCGUAUCCGCGUUGCGCUUCUCUAUAAACUCCUAGACGUCGACUUUAUUGAAUCCAGAGAUGGAGAACCUUUCAUCCGAUGCGGAUCAGAAACGGUGACCGGAUCGGAGGAAUCCCUGCUUCGGUAUAUCGAUAAGAGGUUCGGAGGGCCGCCUGCUGCGGGGGCGGCGACGGAAACGGAUGGGAGGGGAAUGGCGGUGGAGAUGAUGUUAGUUCAACAUCGGAGCAUUCUGCAGCACGUGGAGGGUAUGGCGCGGUGGGCGGAGAAAAUGACAGAGGAAGCUGGCGAUGGGUGGAGGGGGAAGGCGGCAGACGGGCGGCGGAUGGCGAGGUUUUACGGGGAGUUGGUGGAGAUAAUGCUUGAACACGCCCAGAUGGAGGAAAGGUUUCUUUUCCCGGCUCUCGAUAGGUCCGCAGACUACGAUGUUUGCAGAACGGCUAAUGAGGAGCAUGGAAGGGAUCUGCCCUUAAUGAACGGCAUUAAAGAGGAUAUAGAGUCGUGUUGGAGCCCAUAUCCUGCUUCCGAUUUCACAGUACAGGACAAAGAUUUAUUGGACAAAAGUGUUCACUUUGUUCAGGAACACUGCAAGCAACAUUUCGAAGACGAGGAGAGGGAGCUGCUGCCCCUGCUAGAAGCAGCAGAGAGCGUGAGGCGAAGGGCAGGGGAGGAGAAGCCGGGGAUGCCAAAUCGAUGGGUUCAGCAAAUGGUGGAUCUGAUGGAGCAAACACACUCCCGCCUUUUUUCCUUCUUCGCGGCCGCUCUCUUGCCUCGCGAGGCACUGCGCUAUGUCGGCCUUGUUUCGGCUGGUGAUGACCAGCGAGCCAUCGCCAUGCUUCGCUCCAUCGCCGUCUCAAUCGAGACCUCGUCGCGGCCUUCCUUGCCUCACCUUUACAAAGGUUGUAAUUAGUGUAGAGACAAUCAAAAU